CUGGAGACGAAACCAGAGGCCAAACUCGGGAUCUGACAAGAUGGCCGGGCUGCCCCGCAGGAUCAUUGAGGAAACCCAGAGUUUCCUGGCAGAACCAGUUCCUGACAUUAAAGCAGAACCAGAUGAGAGCAACGCCUGUUAUUUUCAUGUGGUCAUUGCUGGCCCCCAGGAUUCCCCCUUUGAGCGAGAGACUUUUAAACUUGAACUAUUCCUUCCAGAAGAAUACCCAAUGGCAGCAACUAAAGUAUGUUUCAUGACCAAAAUUUAUCAUCCUAAUGUAGACAAGUUGGGAAUAAUAUGUUUAGAUAUAUUGAAAGAUAAGUGGUCCCCAGCACUGCAGAUCCGCACAGUUCUGCUAUUGAUCCAGGCUUUGUUAAGUGCUCCUAAUCCAGAUGAUCCAUUGGCAAAUGAUGUAGUGGAGCAGUGGAAGACCAACGAAGCCCAAGCCAUAGAAACAGCUAGAGCAUGGACUAGGCUAUAUGCCAUGAAUAAUAUUCAAAUCGAUCCGAUCAUCAAGUGUGCGUCACUUCUCCUGUUCUGCCAAGAUUUCUUCCUUCUUUGUUUGCAUUUAAUGGACACAGUCUUAAUAGAAACAUUACAGAAUAAAAGCCCAGACAUCUUCAGUCCUUUGGUGAUUAAAUGCACAUUAGCAAAUCUAUGUCUUGUCCUGAUUUACUGUUGUAAAGCAUGAUCCGAGGCUAGAAAUAUCAUCUGGAUUGUUGCAAAACGUUUAAAAGCAGUGGCUCUCUGCUUUUAUUCAUUUCCCCCAUCAUGGUUUAAGUAUAAAGCACUAUGAAUGAAGGUAGUUGACAGGGUUAGCUGCCAGGGGUAUGGGUAUGUUUAUUUUUUAUUUUAUUUUUUGAGGGGAAAGGUAGUUUUAUUUUAAUUUUAUGGACUCCUUUCACUCCCCUUUAUGGUGAGCUAAUUGCAUUGGUUAAAAGCAGCUAACCAGAAUAUGCUCUCUAGCUAAGUCUAACUUUAUUUAGACUCUGUAGAUGGACAAGCUUGAUUGUUUGAAUCAAAAUGGGAACAUUAAACAAACAUCACAGCCCUCACUAAUAACAUUGUGACUUUGCUGUCAGGUGUAGAUUUCCCCCCUUCAAAAAAAGAAA